AUGGAUGGGGAAUACACAUCUGCAACCAUCAACAAGAUGCUGGAGUCAUCUGUGGAGUUAAUAAUCUGCAUCUUUGACUCUAUUGCACAUAUAGGUUUUACAACUCCCACUAGUACAGACAAAAUCAGACUGAUGAAUGGCACUAACUCUUGUUCUGGACGAGUGGAGGUUCUCUAUAAUGGAAUAUGGGGAACAGUGUGUGAUGAUGGCUGGGAUCUAACAGAUGCUGCAGUGGUGUGUAGAGAGAUUGGCUGUGGAGAUGUGAUCGAGGCAAAGAGUGAAGCUUAUUUUGGACAAGGAUCAGGACAAAUAUGGAUGGAUGACGUAAACUGUGCUGGGACUGAGUCCUCACUGAUGAACUGCAGGACACCUGGAUGGGGAACACAUAACUGUGGACAUCAUGAAGAUGCUGGAGUCAUCUGCCAAUCUAUCAGGUUGAUGAAUGGCACUAACUCUUGUUCUGGACGAGUGGAGGUUCUUCAUGACGGUCGGUGGGGAACAGUGUGUGAUGAUGGCUGGGAUCUAACAGACGCUGCAGUGGUGUGUAGAGAGAUUGGCUGUGGGAAUGUGAUCGAGGCAAAGAGUUUUGCUUAUUUUGGACAAGGAUCAGGACCAAUAUGGAUGGAUGACGUAAACUGCACUGGCACUGAGUCCUCACUGAUGAACUGCAGGACAAAUCUAUGGGGAACACAUAACUGUGUGCAUUCUGAAGAUGCUGGAGUCAUCUGCAACACUAUCAAGUUGGUGAAUGGUGACAACUUUUGUUCUGGACGAGUGGAGGUUCUCUAUAAUGAAACAUGGGGAACAGUGUGUGAUGAUGGCUGGGAUCUAACAGACGCUGCAGUGGUGUGUAGAGAGAUUGGCUGUGGGGAUGUGAUCGAGGCAAAGAGUGAAGCUUAUUUUGGACAAGGAUCAGGACAAAUAUGGAUGGAUGAUGUAAACUGUGCUGGCACUGAGUCUUCACUGAUGAACUGCAGGACACCUGGAUGGGGAACACAUAACUGUGGACAUCAUGAAGAUGCUGGAGUCAUUUGCAAUGUAACUGUCAGGUUGGUAAAUGGUGACAACUCUUGUUCCGGACGAGUGGAGGUUCUUCGUGACAGUCAGUGGAAAACAGUGUGUGGUGAUGGCUGGGAUCUAUCAGAUGCUACAGUGGUGUGUAGAGAACUAGGCUGUGGGAGUGUCGUAGAUGCAAGUCACGCUUAUUUUGGCCAGGAAUCGGGACCAAUGUGGAUGAAUGCUGUACAAUGUACUGGGACAGAAUCUACUUUGAAGAGCUGCAGAUCACAUGAAAUUGCCUCCUGUGGUAGAAAUAAAGCUGCUGGAGUCAUCUGUCAGCCUCCUAUCACACUGGUCAAUGGCACUAAUUCAUGUGCUGGAAGAGUGGAGGUUCGCCACAAUGGAAUAUGGGGAACAGUGUGUGAUGAUGGCUGGGAUCUAACAGACGCUGCUGUGGUGUGUAGAGAGGUGGGCUGUGGGGAUGUGACAGAUGUAAAGAGUGCUGCUUAUUUUGGACAAGGAUCAGGACCAGUAUGGAUGAAUAAAGUGAGCUGUAAUGGAACAGAAUCUACACUGAAGAACUGUGUAUUAAGCAGAAGAGUUCCACAAACUGCAGACAUGAAAAAGAUGCUGGUGUUAUCUGUGGACCCAAACUUCGACUGCAGAAUGGUUCCAGCUCUUGCUCUGGAAGAGUGGAGGUUCUUCAUGAUGGUCAGUGGGGAACAGUGUGUGAUAAUGGCUGGGAUAUAAAAGAUGCUGCAGUGGUGUGCAGAGAGAUGGGCUGUGGGAAUGCUAUCGAGGGAAAAAAAGGUGCUUUUUUCGGCAACGGCUCAGGGCCGAUCUGGAUGAAUAAUGUAAAUUGUUAUGGGAAUGAGCUAACUCUAAAGAGAUGUAGAUCUUCUGGAUGGGACGUACAGAACUGCAGCCAUUAUAAAGAUGCUGGAGUCAUCUGCCAAUACAGCUACACAUAUAUCAAUGAUUCAAAAAGCUGGAUUGAUGCAUUAGGAUACUGCAAAACUCACCACGAGACACUGGCGCACAUUUUAAAUGCCACGGCACACGAGUACAUCACACGGAUGCUGCAGGAUAAAGGAGUCACUGAUGGAGUGUGGAUCGGGCUUGAACGGAGUAUGCUCUUCUCUUGUUCGCCCUGGCUGUGGACCAGUGGGCCGUAUGUGGAGUAUGCAUCGUGGCAUCAAGGGUUUUCAAAGGACCCAGCAAGCAUGUUUUGUGGAAAACUUCUUAAGGAAGAACGGGACCGGUUUGGAUGGAUGGAUGCUUGCUGCCAUGAGCGCCUGCCUUUCAUCUGUCAGGGAUGAAACACUAGAUGGAGCUGUUUCCUAGUUUGAGUCGGUUGCUGGGGAUCACGGAGGAGUCAUGAGCUAUGAUAAACAUUUUUUUGCUUUGUUUCUUAACAGGUUAUAGUAGCAAAGUUGUGUGUGUGUGUGUGUGUAUAUCAUUUUAAUUACAUUAUAUAUUAAUAUUAAAUUUUAAUCUAUAUGAAAAUGCCAAUCUUCUUUUCUGAGUUUAUACUGAGAUGAUCAGUAUGGCCAAUGAAACUUUAAAGUUCUCUGUGAAGUUUGAUAGAUAGGCUAGAAGAUU